AUGCACCACAGUUCAACUAAUCAUAUCCACAAUGCAAUUCAACUGUAUUAUUCUACUUGUUGCCCUUUAACAGUGAGAAGACAGAACAUGAAGGUUCGCAUCAACGCUACGGGCGACACCAUCGUGAUGAAGUUUGUCCGUCCCAACCCUGACACCAAGCUGGAGGGCUACAUCCUGGGCUACGGCAGCAGCAUGUUCUCUAAACAGUUCAUUCAGCUGCCUGAGAAUGGAGAGCCCUACGAGACUGAGAUAGACGCUGAACCCAAGUAUCUUGUUGCUGUCCAGCCAAUCCCGAGCAACGACGUAAAGAAACAAUGCACAGGAAAGGUCAACCUGGAGAAGCCACUCCACCUGGUUAUUGGCUCCGUCACCCCAACCUCUGUGCUGCUGUCCUGGGGAACCUUCCUGAAGACGCCCUACGAAGCAGGCAACAUCAUGAACGACUGUUUGGAAGACGGACACUACACUGUCCGCUACAGGGAGAGGAACAGGAUGUGGAUCUACCAGACCUGCCCCACCAGCGACACUGUGGUUGACAACCUGAAGCCCGACACCCCAUAUGAGUUUGGGGUCCGCUCCAACAAAGACGAACGCAGCGGAAUCUGGAGCAAGCCUGUCAUUCACAAAACCAACAUGGGCUCAGGGUUGGAUAAAAGCGUCCAGAAACCCUACAAGCACCGGACCCCUAUUGUGAAGCCAAUGAAACCACCCAUGUCCCGUGCACUUUUCCCACCUCGUCCAGCUAUUCACAAUAAGACUCAGCCUAGACUCCCUCUGACCAAAAACCAAGGUUUCCCAGGAGCUCCCAAGACAUCUUUUGCACCACCAGAGAGACACCUGGAAGCUGGACCUGACCCCCGCUCCAAUGAGCCUCAAUGGCCACAGUUCCCACUGGACGGAGGAAACAGUAUUAGAAAUGCUUCCUCUCCUCUCGUGGACCUCCCUCCUGCCCCCCCCCAACUCCUUCCCACCAAAACCCCCAGUACCUCCUCUGCCACCCCUGUCCUUAACAACCCCUCUCCACCCGGUGAAAAGCAACAGGGAAAGACCCAACCCAGGGGACCUACUAGCGCCACAGUGAAGCCACAUAACCCUUCCUCUGCUCUCAGCGAAUCACAGAAAGGAGCAGCACUGCUAACCCCCGCCCUGGGCAGUGAGAAAGCCAAUAAUAACAACUUGGGUCAAGGCAGCCAGAGAAAUUUGAAACCCCAUGGCCCGGCCAUCACACUGAUAGGCAGGACCAUGAAGUCUCCUGCUGCCACAAACCCUCUCUUUCCCUUCACUGAUGGCUCAAGACAAGAUACCCCAUCCUCCUCCUCUUCCUCUUCCUCAUCCCUUCUUCGUAGGGCUAAUAACUCAUCACAGACCUCCAGGACACCAGGGGCCAAUGGUAAGCAUCACAAAGGAACCGGCCUCCCCAAACCAGUCGUUUGGAACAGACUGAGAAUGGCAAACACAAACAACUCGCUGUUGGAGGACAUAAACCCUGAUGUUUUGGGCCGUUCAGGCUUUUCUUCCAUUGAGGACCAGUUCUAUGGAUCUCGUCCGUCCAUUCCUGUCAACAAAAAGACCAACCUGGUUGGCAAACCUGGUGAUAUGAACAAGCUGAAUGUCUUGAAGCAAACGGACAAGGCCUCCAUUUUGAAGAAGUUUCCAUCAGUGACGACUAAACCUGCCAAGCAAGACCGCAGACACACAACAACGACUGCACCAUCAGCCAACGACAUCUGGUUUGAAACCUGGGAGAACUCCUCAUUAUUCAGCUCCCUACCAGCCUCUGACGUGGACGCAUUGGGAAAGAAACGUUUCGUUGCACCCCAUGUAGUCUACAAGACGGACAAGAAACCAGACGAGCCUUGUUCCAUCACCACCUCUCUCAGCUACUUCCCAGAGGAGGAGGGCGGGGAGACAAAUGUGACAGCCCCACCCAAGUCUCCGCCCUCCAACCUCACCGUGGUAACGGUGGAGGGAUGCCCCUCCUUCAUCAUUCUAGACUGGGAAAAGACCGACAACGACACCACAGAAUAUGAGGUCAUCUCUACAACGAAGGGACCAGAUGGUACUCAGGUGUCCAUCCUGACCACCAACCAGACUCACACUGCAGUGGAGAACCUCAAACCCGAGAGCAGCUACGAGUUCAAGGUGAAACCCAAGAACGAGCUUGGAGAGGGGCCACCCAGUGAGCCUGUGUCCUUCAACACUGAAUCAGCGGACCCACGUGUGAGUGAGAAUGUCUCAGGAAAAGAUGCCAUCUGGACCCAGUUCCCCUUCAAGACAGACUCAUACUCAGAGUGCAAUGGCAAGCAGUAUGUGAAGAGGACCUGGUACCGCAAGUUUGUGGGCAUCCAGCUCUGCAACUCCCUCCGAUACAAGAUAUAUCUGAGUGAUUCUCUCAACGGUAAAUUUUACAACAUUGGGGACCAGACUGGCCAUGGUGAGGACCACUGUCAGUUUGUAGACUCGUUCCUGGAUGGGAGGACAGGAAACCAAGUCAGGGCUGACCAGCUGCCAGCAAGAGAAGGGUAUUACAGGGCUAUGAGACAAGAGCCGGUCAACUUUGGUCAGAUAGGAGGGAACUCUCACGUCACCUACGUGUCAUGGUACGAGUGUGGAACGGCCAUUCCUGGCAAAUGGUAGGACCCCCCAAAGCUGUCUGUGGAGAAGCCCGAAGGAUAUACAGUACAUAUCAAACCGUCUGGGAAGGUGGCAGGAGGGGUCCUUCUACACAUCCAAUCAGUCUCUGGAUGCUACAUAUCCCCAUCCAGCCACCUCCGAACCCCCAGCCAUGUAAAAACCUGUACAGGAUCUCCGGGUCAGGUUAAUAUAAUGUCCAUAUGUAAUAGCCUUAUCUUAUUUAUCAAACAUGACAAAAAGUAAAAAUAACAUAGUAUGAGAUAGAUGGAGAAACUUCUAACUAACAGUGUGAGGUAACAAACAUACAGUAGAUAUCUUUUUUACAUUUUUAUAAUGGGAAGCUGGCUCCCUGAAACUUAUUUUGAUAACGUGUAUAAUAUUAUUUAUCAAAGUGUUUGAUGCCAUGUUCCGAGUUCUAGGAAAUGGGUUAUAAUGCAACGCUUUUGCUGUACAGUACAAGUUGUAGAGUUUCAGACAACCUGCCGGAAUUUCAUGGUUUCAUUCAGUGACCGAUUCAUGGUGCAAGAAUUGUUCCAUAAAUUGGUCAGUCUUAGGGCUCUAUUCAAUCCGUAUCGCUGAAGCUCAGCAUUGCGGCACGAUUGAAAUUUAAAGGCAAUAUUCCCGAGUUAGCGGAGACUGCAUUCAUGGUAAACGCUGCAUAUGUCGGCUCAAUGGGAAAUGACCUUCACAUUUCCAUCACGCAAUCUGUAACGCUUCAGCCAAACAAAUUGAAUCCAGCCCUAGUUCAAUAUACACCUUCAGAGAAGAUAAUGCUGUAAAUAUUAACAUGAAGUCCACUCUCACACAUAUCCAAUAACCAGUGGAGGCUGCUGAGGGGAGGACGGCUCAUAAUAAUGGCUGGAACGGAGUGAAUGGAAUGGCAUGAAACAUAUGGAAACCAUGUAUUUGCUGUAUUUGAAAACAUUCCACUAAUUCCCCUCCAGUCAUUACCACGAGCCCGUCCUCCCCAAUUAAGGUGCCACCAACCUCCUGUGCCAGUAGUUCAUUGUAUGAAUGUUGACCGAGCAAAGUCACCUAAAACCAAAAACAAGCAUUGGAAAAUAAGCACAGAGGACGUCUCGUACCAAACCAAUAUUUCUCCUUCAUUAGCCCUGAUAUAUGGGGUGGCUAUGCAUGGGAGGUCUUUACACUUGUAAUUUGCACAGCAUAAAUGUAUUUAUAUGUAUAUGGAGAGAAAGUAUUUUUUCAACUAACUUUUUCAAAAGACACGUCCCUUAAAGCGAACGCUCAUACUUCACAGUGUUCCACUGGCAACAUUUUACAUCCUCUGAUACAACACGUUGUAUAUAUAUCAUGUUGGAAAAUAAGAGGGAUAUCUUAUCUUCUUAGUAGCCUUGAUAAAUGGUACAGAGAGGAGUCCUGUUGAAUCAUUUCUUAGUUUUGUACAAAAAUACACUUUUGGCUCAAUGCGCUUGCAGAUCAGUGUUUUUAUACUUAUUUUUUAUGGAGAAUGUUUGUCAUAUGGAACUGUACUCUUGUUUUUUUAAACAUACUUUCAUUUCUGUAUCUAUUUUCAAUAAUAAAAACAGAAGUUCUGUUACUUUUUUAUUUAAAAAAAUAUGUCCUUGCCAUUUUUCACUUUGGGUAACUAGAGUGAUAGUGUUUUCCAGUUGAAGGAGCGUAAAGGUGGAACUUGAAAAAUAAACUGCCUUCCUUAA